UGCCUGCAGCAUAUGGAAGUUUCCAGGCUAGGGAUUGAAUUGGAGCUUCAACUGUGGCCUAUGCUACAGCCACAGCAACAUUGGAUCCAAGCAGCAUCUGCUGCCUACAUUGCAGCUCGUGGCACUACCAGAUCAUUAACCCACUGAGGGAUCGAACCCUCAUCCUCAUGGAUACUAGUCGGAUUCUUACCACUGAGCCACAAUGGAAACUCCAAACUCCAGAUCCUUAACCCACUGUGCGGGCUGGGGAUUGAAAUGCGCCAGCACUCCAGAGAGGCUACUGGUCUGUGUGUACUGAUUUAUUUGCAGUGAUGCACUCUAACACUCCAAGGCCAAAAGACAGAACUGUAUCAGCAGGCCCUUUGGAGUUCCCAGGAGCCUCUGGGAUGGAGCAGUGGGAGGAAGGUCCAUCAGGAUGAUAGAUGGACUAUGAGAGGCUGGUAGAAUUGGAACUUCUUGGCUAGAGACCUUGACCAAAGCAUAAUCCCUUCUGUUUCCUUAUUUCUUUUUGUGAAAUGAAUAAUUUUCACUUACCUGUUUCAUAAGGUGGUUAGAAGGAUCAAAUAUGAAAGUGCUUAUGAAGUAUAUGAAAUGAAUAAACUGCUACUCAGAUAAAAUGUAUCCUAAUUUACAUUUACUAAAGCUCAAAGCACCUAUUUCAUGACAUCCACUACUAGGCAUUGGAGAAACAAAGAAUAAGAAAGGUCCUUCUAAAGAGCUCAAAAGCUUCAGGUAUUUGUAGGACAGUGGCUACAAUGGGGUCUUCAGACAGUGGACCUCAAGACUUAGGAUCUAGAAUUGGCCUGCAGAUGGCUAUGGUCAGGCUGUUGAAAGGUACAGAGAGAUAAUAACAGUCUCAAGAUGCCUUCAGCCAGUAGGUGUGCCCCAAACUUUCUUUCUACUGUGUGUGUCACCAAGGUGAGGGCUGAAGCAGCUUCAAAUGCUCCCUGAGCAGGAGGAAGCUGUGGGAUGAUGGGGAGGGUCCCCACAGAGAAUGGUGCCUUGUCAGCAUCGGAAACCACAGAAACCAGGUCAGUGCAUGGGGCCCCCUCCCUCAGCUCUAGGGCUCAGCUAUGAGCUUGGGGCGUCCUGAGCAGAUGGUACUGAUAGUAGAUCCUUGAAGCUGGAGGCCCUUUGACAGAGGAGCUGGAACUGGCCAGUUGGUAGAGAAGGCUAGGCCACAGUCUGGAGAGUUAGCGAGGUGGGAGCCAGGAUGUAGAUGGGGACUUGUGAGGCUUAUGUGCAUCCUGUGGUGCUUUUCUGCCCAACUCUAAAUGGUGCCUCUGUCACAUCCAUCUCUAGCACCCAGUGCAGAGUAGUGCUUAAUCGCUUUGUUAGUCCUCUGAAUGAGAGAAUGAAGCAUGUGUCCAUGGGAAGCUCAAGUCCAGGAGUAUGUGAAGGGUUGCUCCUAUCUGCAGGAUGUUGCCAGAGUAGGAGGGGUUAAGAAAUGGGUACAGCCCACCAUCCAUCCCCCUAACCUUGUGCCAGGCCUCUUUCCUGUUACUUCUCUGCCAGGGCAAGAGCCCCUUGCCAUCCAGGGAGGGGAAGUAGGGUUUUCUGGGGGGCAGGUGUCCCCACAGUCCCUUCACUGGGAGGAGAAGGAAUGUGGCCUGGCUGGCUGGUUGGGAUUGAGGAGGAGCUUUGGGGCAGGGCGGGGCAGGAGCAGACUGAGGCGAGGGCUCCUGCUGGCAUUGUGCUCCCCUCAGCUGCACAGCAAGGCCCUGCUGCCCACCUACAGGCUGUGCAGCCAUGUUCUGGGCGCCCUGACCCCACGGAAGCCCAUGGGGAGCCCCGGACUGGCAGCCCUGCUCCUGCCUCUCCUCCUACUGCUCACUGGCCUCCUUGUCUCUGCUGGGCUUGCCUGCUCUUCCUUUCCCGCCGGAGCACCUACUGUCUGCUGGUUCCCACAUGGUAAGGUGCGCCUGCCGCUGGUGGGCGGAACACCCGGCUGGCACAGACUGGUAAAGCUCCCCACUCUCUUGCCUGUCUUUUCCUACCAUCUGAGUCCCCGUGCUCUGAUGGCAGCCUCAGUAUGUCCUCUACACGGUCUUGGAGGGAUAGGCCGAGGUCCUUACCGUCCUCAGAAUAAAAUGACUGACUAUCCAAUACCAGGUCACAUCUCAGGUAGGGAGGGGCCGGAUGGUAAAUGUGUCAUUCCCUGUGCAGGUCUUCAGAGGGGCUGGUUCCACCUCCUGGUGCAGAAAUCCAAAAAAUAUUACAAGUUCCACAUCUGCAGGAAACACAGGACACCAGCAUCUGCUCAGAGGAAGCUGCUGCUUAGCCGCCGCCGUUGCCUGUCCGAGAAUGGCCAUUGCAUCUAUCCUCUCCCAGACACCUCCUCAAGGGGGUUGCGCUCCAAAAGAACCCAGCCCACUGAUCCAGAGGCAGGGGCAGGUCUCUCUAGCCUCGGCUCACGAAGGUCUGGAGGGCCUGAGUUCUCCUUUGACUUGCUGCCCGAGGCACGGACUAUUCAAGUGACCGUUCCUCCAGGCCCUGAGGUCAGUGUGCGUCUUUACCAGUGGGCACUGGAGUGUGAAGAACUGAGCCCUCCCUUUGAUGCCCAGGUAUGGAAAGAUUUGUCUGGGGGCCACACUGUAGACCUGCCAUAUGAAUUCCUUCUGCCCUGUCUGUGCAUUGAGGCAUCCUAUCUGCAAGAAGACACCGUGAGGCGUAAAAAAUGUCCCUUCCAGAACUGGCCUGAAGCCUGUGAGUGCGCUUAUGUGACAUUGCAUGCACAGCCUCUUUCUGUGCAUGUCCUCUGUCUCUGUCUCUCUGUCUCCUGUCUCUCUCUCACACACACACACUCCACACCUUUGUUGGAGGAAAUCCCCAAAAGGCAUGCAGGCACUUUCUCUGGAGUCAAUGGGGGAUGGUCUUGGGCCACCAUGUCUACCGAUCAGCUUGCCAAUAAGUCACAACAGCUCGGACUUCUGGAGUCAGUGAACUUACUGACUACAGCCAGCACAGCAGAUGGUCAUGGCCCGACACUGCGUUGCCCACUGAAGCUAGAGGCUCCCUCUGCCAGAGAAGGCUGGCAUACCUCUGCGAAGACCUCCCAACGCACGGCUCGAGAGUCGGAGGGGUGGUACAUCUUGGAACAGGUGGACUUGCACCCCCAGCUCUGCUUCAAGUUCUCCUUUGGAAACAGCAGCCACGUUGAAUGCCCCCACCAGAUAUUCGCCCCUUCCUGGAACGUGAGUAUGGAUACCCAGGCGCAGCAGCUGGUCCUUCACUUCUCCUCAAGGAUGCAUGCCACCUUCAGUGCUGCCUGGAGCCACCCAGGCUCGGAGCAGGACAGCGUGGUGCCCCCUGUGUACAGCGUUAGCCAGGUAUGGCCUGGCCAGGGCUCGGCCCCCACUCAGACCUUUCCCUGUCCAGGGGGACUCCCCUUCUCCAUCACCCUCAUGCAACUUCCCCUGGAAGAGAGUACCACUCACUGGUGGGGGCUCUGUGCCUCAUGGGAGUCAAGUCCAGUUGCCUGGAAGCACCUCUGUGUCCAGAUGACGCCUGGGCUCUUGAUCCUGGCACUGUCGGCCUUCACCACCCUUGGCCUUGUUCUGGUCCUCACCCGCCGGCGCCCACUGUCAGGGGCUUGCCGGAGGCCUGUGCUGCUCCUGCACGGGCGGAUCGAGGCGCAGCGGCGCGUGGACCAUGGCACGCUGGCCCGCUGCCUGGCUUGGGGGCGCGGGACGGUGGCGCGAGAGCAAGGCACCGUGCUGCUGCUGUGGAGCGGCGCCUGCCCCAGCCCCGCCGGCGGUCAGGAUCACCGCGCCGCGCCCCUGCGGACCUGCUCCGCGCGCCCCGGCCCGCUGCUGCUGCUCGCGUACUUCAGCCGCCUCUGCGCCAAGGGUGACAUUCCCCGCCGCUGCGUGCCCUGCCCCCUACCGCCUGCUGCACGACCUGCACGUUCUGCGGCUCUGACGCGCGGCCCUUCCGCCGAAGCCACACUGGCCGCUUCGAGUCCCGCGGUUCUGCGGGGAUCGCUGGAGCUGUGCCCAGCUUGGAACGGAAGCCGAAACCGCCGACCAGGCUGA